AUGCCUAAAUGCGGAGCUUGCGGCAAAUUCCUGUCAAAAGCGGACAGUAUUCGUUGUAAUUGUUCCGCUGCUUUCCACAAGGCAUGUGUAGGGAUUCCAGAAACUUCUUCUGUAAAGGGCGCGUGGGUGUGUCCCGGCUGUAAAAUUAAAAAACCUAGAGAGGACAACACUUCUACUCCUGUGAAGGGACUGACUGACACAUACCAAAGUACUCCUAAUAGUUCUAAUAAUUCAGCGGACAAUACCACAGAGGAACUUAAGGUGGAUCUGGUCCUAGAAAUUAGAUGA